CUUCAACACAGAACAGUCACACAGUGAAAACUAUUAGGAAAAGUCUCUGCAUCCUGAACAACCAAAGCGUAGCAGGAGCAGAAAUCAUGAAAAUCAUUCUUAUCUUUCUAUUCAUUGCCCCACUCGCUCUCUCAGCUAGAGCUGAGAAGGACUUUUCUGCCCUUGAUUCGGCUGCAUCUCCUGAGACAAAAUCAAGAUUUGCCAUGCUAGAUGAUGUACGAAUCUUAGCCAAUGGACUCCUCCAGCUUGGGCACGGUCUUAAAGACUUUGUGCAUAAGACAAAGGGGCAGAUGAAUGACAUUUUUCAAAAACUUUACAUUUUUGAUAAGUCCUUUUAUGAGCUCUCACUGCAAACCAAUGAAAUCAAAGAAGAAGAAGAACUGCUCCGCCAAACUACUGCCAGACUGCAAAUCAACAAUGAAGAGAUAAAGAAUCUCUCGCAGGAGAUGAAUUUGAAGAUUGAAGACCUCAUACAAAACAAAAUCCAGCUGCAGGAGAAGGUGUGGGGACUGGAGGACAAAGUCACUAAGUUGGCCAUUACCCAGCCUACAGUGCAAGAGACAAAUGAAAUUUCUUCACUCAAAGCUUUUGUGGAGCGGCAGGACAACCACAUCAAGCAGCUUCUCAAAAUCGUGGAGGACCAGCACGCACAGCUCGACAAACAGCACAACCAGAUCAUGGAGCUGGAGGACAAGCUGAACCACAUCGAGCUCCAGGAACUCGCAGAGAACUCCUUCACUGGGGAGCACACAGAACCAGAGGCCACCCCCUUUUAUGUGCGCAACUCCACAGCUGUAACAUACAAAUAUGAAGGUGCUGCUCCUGACUGCACUGCUCUGUACAACAGCGGCAUUCAGACCAGUGGCACUUACACUAUUAAGCCUAACGGCUCAGAAGCUUUCGAUGUCUACUGUGAAACAAAAUUCGGCACUUCCUGGACCGUAAUCCAGAACCGAGUGGAUGGAUCACUGGAUUUCAACCAAACCUGGGACGCCUAUGUCAAGGGGUUUGGUGAUCUCAACGAGGAAUUCUGGCUGGGCCUGAACAAGACCUAUUCCAUUACUCAACAAGGGGACUACAUCUUACGGAUCGAGCUGCAGGACUGGAAAGAUAAUAAACGUUACGUCGAGUACGCAUUCGACCUGGGAGGCCCGAGAACAGACUACACGCUUCAGCUUUCACGGAUCUCUGGGAGCAUCCCCAACGCGCUGCCCGAGCAGACAGAGCUGCGGUUCUCAACUGCAGACCAUGACAUGGCCGUAAUAAACAACUUCAACUGCCCAGAAAACUACCUAGGAGGCUGGUGGCACAGCGAAUGCGAGGAAACCAAUCUUAACGGGAAAUACGUCGCACCAAGGUCAAAAGGAAGACUAGACAGGAGUAAAGGCUUAUACUGGAAGCCUAAAAAAGGAAGAUACUACUUGCUCAAGUCAACCAAAAUAAUGAUACACCCGACAGAUCUAAAAAGCUUUGACUGAAUGCUUAACCUGAUGCACGUGAAUUCAGAACAUAUACACUGAACACUGCUACAUCAGAGAAAUUCAUGUUAUGCUUAGUAACAGGUGCAUAUCCAAAUCCAUACACUGUAUGGUGUAUUCUCCAAUGACACAAACCCUGAGGCAUAUGUGAUGGUCUUACCAUAUGUUUGGUGAGUAUUUUCCUUCACCCUAGCCCAAAGGUCAACCUGCUAUAAGUUAAGUAGGGUUUUACCUCCCCAGGAUCAAACCCUAAUACCUAGGAAUUGGCUGCCUAUUCAUGUAUUAGAUAAUAUUGCUUGGGGGAAAGGGUUUUCAGGCUGUUGCAUUUGUCUCUGGGUUGUGUAGGAGGGAACAGGAAAAGUGGUUCAGCAAACAUAAAGGGCUGGCAAAAUGCUACAGAAGACAUUUAGGUAUUAAUUUGUAGGAAAAAUAAGAAAUUCUGUUUCAUAAAGUGACUGAUUUGUUGUUUGGUUCAUGUUAUUGUUGUGGAAUGUUUCUGUGGGCAAACAAAAGAUGAGUAACUCCCCAUUUUAGGGAUCUGUGUAUUUCCAAACAAAUCUUUCAGUGAUCUAGGUCAGGCUGAUCUUUGCUGAAGCACUGUACUCACACAGCUGUAGAUGUGUACACACACAUCAAGUAAGCCGGAGCACCGACCUAAUCUUUUAGAUAUCACACUUCAAAGAAUAGGUUAAGAACUGUGUUUACAAACUGAAACUUAAGGGCUAAGCUUCAAAGCUUUCUGAAAUGAGUAAGAGAUUGUUUCUUCUCAUCUGGAAUGGAUUUAGACCCAUCCCUUUGUGACCUUUUAGUAUAGCUCACUGAGAAAUGAAAGGAAACACCAAGUGAGCACACGAUCCAAACACCUUUCAAAUAGAGAACAGCUGAGUAACUGCGCCUGGGGGCAACUCCAAUGGAGUCAAUGGUGCCAUCCGAUGAACCCUAUAGGCAAAACCCAUGCGACAGUGCUGGUCCUGCUCCUGAGAACACAUACACAUUUGGUUAACUUCAGCUGCAGAAGGCAGCCUCUGAGGCAGUAGGACUGUUGACGUGCUUGCAGGUGGCUUGCUGCAGAAGUGUUUAUUGACAAAGACCUCAAUUCUGCAGUUAUAUUGAGUCAUAUUGACUUGCAUAUUUUGUAUAACCCUUGUACAGUACAGAUUUUUUUUUUAUCUCUACAUUUGCAACCAUCCAAGAAGUGGUCUUAAAUUGUAAUUUGUCAGAGUGAAACAACUGUGAAUAGAAUGUGCUAAUCACAAAGAAGCUGCUAAAAUACUGUUACUUCUUAUGGAUUUAUCACAAAGAAGAGAACACACAGUGCUGCUUAUUUGUGCUGGUGUAUUUUGUGGUGUUUAAUUACCUGUCGAACCUCUACCGUAAAUAAAUAAAUAAAUCUUCCAAAAAGACAUGAGAUGCGGAACUUGAAUAAACUCUUUCUUGUAA